CACACACACGCACAUAUAACGAAGAAUCGCUUUUGUUCAGAAACAAUAAAUUUAAGCAGCCCUUGAGAAUAAUACAGAACAGACAGGAAGAACCUAAACACAUUUUACCUGAUAAGACUGUGCUCAGUUUUAUUAAGUUAAUAUGGACCAGAGGUAGCUACGGAGCCAUUUAAUUUAUUGAAAUUUAUUACUUUAUAUACUUACUAUUGCAUAUUUAUAGCUUUUUAGAUGAAUUAAUAAUCAUCUAAGAAUUGGAUUUUUAACCUCUAAAUAUGCACCUGAUUUGCAGUUUUUUGCUGUAAAUGUAUCAGUAGUACUUAAGAAGAAAGUAUACCUUGUUUUCUUAUUUUAUGAAAUUUUGAAUUACCUCAAAAUUACCUAAAAGCACAAACAUUAUAACUGCUAUGAGGGUGUUUCUGAGUUUGCUGAUUUGCCUUAUGGUACUCUUGUACUUCAAUGCAUCUUCAGAGAUAUGUAAUGUUUCAAGUUCAGAAAAGUCCUACUUUGAUAAAAGCCUAAGGCGGUGCUGCUCACAAUGUCCUCCAGGAACAAAGGUCAGCAAGGUUUGUACUGCUACCCAAGACACACAAUGUGAGGAGUGCCCUCUGGGUCAUUUCACAGAUAUCUGGCAUACGUCACUAGACUGUGAGAGAUGCAAUAAUCAUUGUGAUGAAAAAUAUAACCUAAUCGAGGUACAGCCAUGCAGGAACCAGACUCAGAGAAAAUGUGACUGCAAGCCGGGGUAUAUUUGUACCUAUUUAAUGUCUUCUACUUGCCUUACCUGCACUCCCAUCGUCAUCCCAGGUAAGGAAUAAGGUUUCCUUGAGAGACAAAUAUCUCUAAAACUAGAACUGGAAAGAAUGGUUCUUAUUAAUAUGGGUAAACCAAAAAAUACAUACACACAAACAGAUUCAACACAGACUGACCAAAUCAUAUGUACCCUGAAACUUA